AUGGAUGACUCCUUAAGACCCAAGGACUUUCGAGAGCUAGUUCAGAGAGUGACAACGAGGUGUCGAGAUACGUGCAGCCAGCAUGCGGCGGAGCUUUUGGGCGAGCAAGAUAAGUCUUCGAAUGUUAUACCUAAGGCAGCGCAGAUCGAGCUGAAGCAGCUCUCGUCACGCCUAACUUCUGCCAUAGACUCCGUCGCUUCUGUUACGAAAGAUCAAGGUCUACAGGAAACAGCUUUUUCGGGCCCCGACGACAACCAGCUUUUAGCGUUAUCCAAGGCGCAGGCGGAGGCUCUUGAGUCAGAAAUAAAGGAGCUGGCUGUAUUAGUAAAGCAGCGACGGACGAAGUGCCCGUUGCGACUCGACACGCGGGCCAUGCUCGAGUCGCCGCUCUCCGCGGUGUCAGCUGCAUCGGCUGCUGUUCCCGGACUUCCCGCGGAAACCGGGAUGUUCCGAUCCGCGCUACACGUGUCCGCACGGCAGCUCCGGACCGCGAUUGGUGGAGCUGCUCGGCUUUCAAGCAGCCACGUCGGCAGGCUCCCCCUUCCAGCCUCCGUCGUUCCCUUAUCCGCCACCCACCUCCCCCUGCACCCGCUUCCGCUCCUCUCCCGCGCCUCCCCUUCCGCUCUAUCCGCCUCCGCGCGCCGUUUCCCCUCCCGCUUGUCCCCGCCGUACGGGGCAGGUCGGGCGCGGAGCGUCGCCGCGGCCUCCGCAGCCGCGGAUGGGUCCGACGCCGCGCCUGCAGUAGCUGUUGCUGCGGACGAGGCGGAGCGCGUUAGCGGCGCUGGCGCCGCUGACGGUUCUGUGCCUGCAGAGGGAGGUGCUAAGGCGAAGGGGGGGAAGAAGGGCGCGCGGAAGGGGGGAAAUGGCGCAACGUCUGGCGCAACUGCUGGUUCUGGAGGGGAGAGCGCGGGGGAGGAUGACGUGGAGGUGGAGCUGCCACGUGAGCCGCUUCCGACCAAUGAGAGCUCGGAGAAGCUGCUGCGGAUCAGACACACGUCCGCGCACGUGAUGGCGAUGGCGGUGCAGCGGUUGUUCCCCAAGGCGCAGGUGACAAUCGGGCCGUGGAUUCAGAACGGCUUCUACUACGACUUUGACCUCGACCAGCCGCUCACUGACAAGGAUCUCAAGAAGAUCAAGAAGGAGAUGGACAAGAUCAUCUUCAAGAACCUGCCUCUGCGCCGCGAGGAGGUGUCACGGGAGGAGGCAGCGCGGCGCAUCAAGGAGAUCAACGAGCCGUACAAGCUGGAGCUGCUGGACAGCAUCAAGACGGAGCCCAUCACCAUCUACCACAUUGGUGACGAGUGGUGGGAUCUGUGCGCCGGGCCUCAUGUGGAGAGCACAGGAAAACUGCCCCGCAGGGCGAUCGAGCUGCAGUCAGUGGCAGGGGCGUACUGGCGGGGGGAUGAGACGAGGGCCAUGCUGCAGCGCAUCUACGGCACGGCGUGGGAGAGCGAGGCGCAGCUGCUGCAGUACCGGCAGCAGGUGGAGGAGGCCAAGCGCAGGGACCACCGGAGGUUGGGCAAGGAGCUGGGGCUAUUCUCCAUCCAGGAGGACGCAGGGGGCGGACUGGUGUUCUGGCACCCUCGGGGGGCGAGAGUGAGAGCGAUGAUAGAGGAGCAUUGGAGAAAGGAGCACCUGCGGCAGGGGUAUGAGCUGCUGUACACGCCGCACAUGGCCAAGCUGGACCUCUGGAAGACCAGCGGGCACUACGAGUUCUACCGCGAGAACAUGUUUGACCAGAUGGAGGUGGAGGAGGAGCAUUAUCAGAUCCGCCCCAUGAACUGCCCCUUCCACAUCAUGCUCUACAACGACUCGCUGCACUCCUACCGUGAUCUCCCCAUCAGGUGGGCCGAGUUGGGCACAGUGUACCGCUAUGAGCGUUCGGGUACAAUGCAUGGGCUCUUCCGCGUACGCGGAUUCACCCAGGAUGACGCGCACAUCUUCUGUCUGCCCUCUCAGAUCAGGGACGAGAUCCGAGGGGUAUUGGACCUCACAGAGGCGAUGCUGACGGACUUUGGCUUCCAGCAGCUGGAGAUCAACCUCUCCACACGCCCGGAGAAAUCUGUUGGAGAUGACGCCAUUUGGGAGCAGGCUACUCAGGCGCUGAGGGAGGCGCUGCAAGACAAGGGGUGGGAUUACACCGUGGACGAGGGUGGGGGAGCGUUUUACGGGCCCAAGAUAGAUGUGAAGAUCAUGGAUGCCAUUGGGCGCAAGUGGCAGUGCUCCACCAUCCAGGUGGACUUCAAUCUGCCGCACCGCUUCAACAUGGUCUAUGCGGAUGCGGACGGCACUCGCCGCCCGCCCAUCAUGAUCCACCGCGCCAUCUUUGGGUCCCUGGAGCGGUUCUUUGGCAUUCUCAUUGAGAACUAUGCGGGCGACUUCCCCCUCUGGUUUGCGCCCACUCAGCUGCGCCUGCUGCCAGUCACAGACUCCGAGGUGCCCUUCUGCAAGGAAGUGGUGGCCACCUUAUUGGAGCGGGGCAUUCGUGCUGAGGUGGCGAGCGGUGAGAGGCUGGGCAAGCUGAUUCGCAAUGCGGAGACACAGAAGAUUCCGGUGAUGGCUGUGGUUGGCCCCAGGGAGGUGGAGUCUCGGAUCCCGCUCAUCCCCGACCUCCCUCCCCUGCUCUGGGCUCACCUUGGGAUGAUCAAUGCCGUGGCGAUUUACGGCGUUAUUGUCGCGAUCAUUCUGCAAACGAAGCUCGAAUCCGUCGGCAAGGCCAGAUUGCACUCGCCCGAAGCGCUCCGCUCUGGUUACGCUAUAUUCAACUCCGGAAUCAUCGUGGGUCUCGCGAACCUUUUCUGUGGGUUGUGUGUGGGCAUUAUCGGCAGCAGCUGUGCGUUCAACAUGGGCUUGAAACGUCUCCUCCACGCUCUUCAGGUUUCGUUGUACCGCCGCGUCACGGUGACUCGGACCGCCAAGAUGCGUUUCACCAUGCUCGCGCGCCUCUGCACGCUCGCCUUGCCGCUUCUCAGCGUCGGCCUCGGAGGCACUGAUGAUUGCGACCCGGCGAUUCCGGCGCGGAUGCCGGCCCUGCUGACAGCGCGCGCGCAACCCCUGGCGGGGCCGCGGUGCGUGAACCGGUUUCCGCAGAAGCCGCUGUGUAAGUUCGUCGACGACCUCGCCGCGUCGCCGCUCACCUUCCUCGACGCGCCGGCCGGCGAGACCAUCAAACUCGGCGCGUAUGACGUCUACCAGGCGAGUGCCAUUGCUAAGUUCCAUCGCGACCUGCCCGGCACCAAGGUGCAUGCGUGCGGCGCCUCCCGCAGCUCACACAGUCCCCUCCCCUUUCAAAUCUUCCCUCUCCCCAACCCAUCCCGCCCCCCCCACUCCGCCUGCCCAAUGCGAGCAGAAGUUCCAUCGCGACCUGCCCGACACCAAGGUGUAUGCGUACGGCGUCUCCCGCAGCUCGGCGCGCUACCCAGGCCCCGUGCUCGUCGCCAAACGUGGCACCACCACCAAGGUGAGAGCGGCAGCACGAGCACCAGCGAGGUGAGCACCAGCGAGGUGAGCAGCAGCAAGGUGAGCAGCAGCAAGGUGAGCAGCAGCAAGGUGAGCAGCAGCAAGGUGAGCAGCAGCAAGGUGAGCACCAGCAAGGUGAGCGCGGCAGUAGCGGCACCAUGUCGUGAAUCUUCCUCUGUCCACCCUCAUUCCCUUUCUCCCCUGUGUAUCCUGCUGACUUCUCCUUCUCUCCUUCCUUCCCUGCCACCCGUACUGCUGAUCAGGUUCAUCCCUUCUUCCUCCUGGCGUAUGUAA